AUGGUAGAAUCUACGUCUCGGUCGCGCCCGGCGCGCGUCAUCGCCAAUGCUCUCAACGAGCUGGGCCUCGUCACCAUGUGGCACUCCUCGCGCGACGUCAAGUUCCUCUGCGCCCAGCGCUUCGUGCGCCUCUUCGCCUACGGCGGAUCCACGCUCAUUCUCGCGUCGUACCUGUCCGCCAUUGGCAUUUCCGAUGAUCGUAUCGGUUUAUUCAUGACUCUCACGUUGAUCGGAGAUGUCGUGAUUAGCUUCUUUUUGACUCUGUUCGCUGAUCGCAUGGGCCGCAAGGCUGUGCUGUCCCUGGGUUCGGUGUUGAUGGCGGGUAGUGGCGUGGUGUUCGCGCUGUUUGGGAAUUACUGGAUUCUGCUGGCUGCGGCUGUCUUUGGCGUUAUCAGUCCCAGUGGAAAUGAGAUUGGGCCUUUCCGUGCCGUUGAGGAGUCCACGUUGGCUCAUCUUACGGCAAGUGAAAAGCUCCCCGAUGUGUUUGCGUGGUACUCGCUAGUUGGAACUGCGGGCACUGCCUUGGGACAGCUGAUCUGUGGUUGGGUGCUCACCUCGCUGCAGUCUCUGCACGGAUGGGAGUUUAUCCCCUCCUGCCGGAUUAUUUUCUUCGUCUAUGCGGCAGUCGGCGUGAUCAAGUUGAUUUUCGCACUGGCACUGAGCGGCAAGGUCGAGUAUGUGAAAGAAGAGCCCGCCCAGGAGCAGCAGAAUGACGAGACUCGGCCGCUGUUGCGAGACUCUGCUCAAGCUCAGCAGACGGACUCCCCUAAGAAGAAGGGCUUGUUUGCGUCCAUUGAGAAGGACCUGUGGUCGCUCGUCAUUCGGCUGUUCAUUCUGUUUGGAUUGGACUCUUUCGCCUCGGGAUUGGCAUCUCUGUCCUGGAUGACAUAUUUCUUCCACCGCAAGUUCAGCCUACCCGAAGGCGAACUCGGCACUAUCUUCUUCGUGACCAGCAGCAUUUCCGCCGCAUCCAUGCUGGUUGCAUCGUCGAUUGCUAAGCGCAUUGGCAACGUGAAGACCAUGGUGUUUACCCAUUUGCCCUCGGCUGUGGCGCUGUCCCUGAUCUCCGUUCCGAACAGCUUGCCAUUGGCACUAACCUUCCUGGUCCUGCGCGCUUGUUCCCAAAACAUGGACGUGGCGCCUCGAUCGGCUUUCCUGGCUGCGGCUCUGCCGUCCGACAAGCGCACGGCCAUCAUGGGAGCAGUCAACGUGGUCAAGACCACCAGUCAGAGCAUGGGACCCCUUCUCACGGGUAUUCUGGCUCGGAAUGGCAUGUUCGGAGUUUCCUUCAUCAUUGCGGGUAUUCUGAAGGUCGUUUACGAUCUCGGCAUGCUGGUCAGCUUUGCGGGCAAGGAAGCCGAGAAGCGGAAGCAGACCGCGCAGGAGGACGACGACGAGGCUCGCUAA